AAAUGCGUCUCCUCAUUCUCCAUCUCGCCGUUUUUGGUACUUUCCAGCUUGGCUCUGCUGACAACACGGAAGCCAAGGAAUUCAUUAGACGUCUCAAGUAUGCGGUAAACCAUGCUGAUUCUGCGACAGUUGCUCUUUUGGUUUCUAAAGAUGUUGAACACCCGGAUUUGAUCAUUUCACUUUUUAAAUUAUACCACCCGAUGUCCAUCGAAAUGACAAAGUUUGAUAAGAAACUUCUGGAAAUGCACGUGGAAGUUAAUUUCGUUAGAGCUCCCGGACAUUACGUGGUUGUUAAGUUUAUUUUGCAACUUAAUCCGAAAACCUUCUACUGGCAAGUUCGACACAUGCGUAUGAGAGAUACACCAAGUGGUUUAGCGAGAUUUUUCCGCUCACAACAAAUGCCAACUUUUAUGGGAUAUUAAUUCAAUGGUGUAUUAACGUUGAAUAAAGUUAGCAAUAUCGUA